UACACGCCUCCAGACACUGAGGCGCUCCCCCUCCUCACCUGGCUGCCUUGGUUUGCCCUCACUCACCGCGUUGCCGCUCGCCUCUUCGCCGUUGUCACAGCUCCGAGUGCCCCACCAUCUGUGCUCAAGCACCGAGCUCUCAGUCCACCGCAGCAAAACACCACGUCCGGCUCUGCCCCGUCUGAUUCUUUUUCUUUCCUCUCUCCUCUUGUCUUCUCUGAAGCCCUUCCAAGUCAAUUGACCCCUCACCGCACCAUCCGCCAUGGCAGCUCCAGCCAAAUCCGCCCGCGAGCGGCGCCCCUCGACGAGUGCUCCUCUGAGCGACCUCCAGGGCCCCGUGGGACCUACCUUCUCGCGCCCCAAGCACAAGCGAACCGUCACUGGCUUUGGUCCGGGUGAGAUCAAGAGCGUUGAGGCGAGCAUUCCGGAGCCGCAGCGUGCCGCCUGGAAGAAGUUCACCCCCAAGCCCUUCGACACUGCUGAGGAGUUCAAUGCGGAAGCUGUGAGGCACAUUGAGACCACUUUGGCGAGGAGCAUGUACAAUUGCGAUGAAGGUGCUGCAUACGCUGGAACUGCUUUGGCGUUUCGAGACCGCUUGGUCCUUGACUGGAACAAGACCCAGCAAGCCCAGACCUUUAAGGAUCAGAAGCGCGUAUACUAUCUGUCUCUAGAGUUCCUGAUGGGUCGAGCUCUGGACAACGCUAUGCUCAACAUUGGCAAGAAAGAUGUGGCCGUCAAGGGCCUCAGCGACCUUGGCUUCCGUAUGGAGGACAUUAUCAGCCAAGAGCACGAUGCUGCACUUGGAAACGGAGGUCUCGGUCGUCUCGCCGCCUGCUUCCUGGACAGUAUGGCAUCAUUGAACUACCCAGCUUGGGGCUACGGUCUACGAUACAGAUACGGUAUCUUCAAGCAGGAGAUCAUCGACGGAUACCAGGUCGAGGUUCCCGACUACUGGUUGGACUUCAACCCCUGGGAAUUUGCCAGACAUGACAUUACUGUCGAUGUACAGUUCUAUGGCUAUGUUUCAAAAUACCAGGAUGACGAUGGCAAGAAUGUCUCUUUCUGGGAGGGCGGAGAAAUUGUCCAGGCAUGCGCAUACGAUGUUCCUAUUGCUGGAUAUGGCACCUCGACUGUAAACAACCUCCGACUCUGGGGCAGCAAGGCGGCGAGUGGCGAGUUCGACUUCCAGAAAUUCAACUCCGGAGAGUACGAGAGCUCCGUCGCGGACCAGCAGCGUGCUGAGACCAUCUCGGCGGUUUUGUACCCCAACGACAAUCUCGAGCGUGGAAAAGAACUCCGUCUGAAGCAACAAUACUUCUGGUGUGCCGCAUCUCUGUUUGACAUUGUUCGGAGAUUCAAGAAGACUCAACGGCCGUGGAAGGAUUUCCCCAACCAGGUCGCUAUUCAACUGAACGAUACCCAUCCUACACUGGCGAUUCCAGAGCUUCAGCGAAUUCUCAUCGACCAGGAAGGCCUCGAUUGGGACGAAGCGUGGAGCAUCGUUUCCAAGACCUUCGGGUACACAAACCACACCGUCCUUCCAGAGGCCCUCGAGAAGUGGUCAGUGCCGCUCUUCCAACACCUACUGCCCCGGCAUCUUCAGAUCAUCUACGACAUCAACCUACAAUUCCUUCAAUACGUUGAGCGAAACUUCCCCAAGGAACGUGAUAUUCUCAGCCGCGUCUCCAUAAUUGAGGAGGCCAAUCCAAAGAUGGUCCGCAUGGCCUACCUUGCUGUCAUUGGCUCGCAUAAGGUCAAUGGUGUUGCUGAGCUCCACUCCGAUCUCAUCAAGACCACCAUCUUCAAAGACUUCGUCAAGAUCUACGGACCCGAUAAAUUCACCAACGUCACGAACGGAAUCACCCCCCGUCGUUGGUUGCACCAGGCCAACCCAAGACUUUCGGAGCUCAUUGCUUCCAAGCUUGGAGGCUACGACUUCCUGAAAGACUUGACUCUCCUUCACAAGCUCGAGGCAUACGUCGACGACAAGGACUUCCGAAAGGAAUUCCAAGAAAUCAAGUAUGCUAACAAGGUGAGACUCGCCAAGUACAUCAAGGAUACUCUAGGCGUCAGUGUCAAUCCUUCCGCUCUCUUCGACGUUCAAGUCAAGCGUAUCCACGAAUACAAGCGACAACAGCUGAACAUCUUCGGUGUUAUUCAUCGGUACCUUGCGAUCAAAGCAAUGUCGCCAGAAGAGAAGAAGAAACUAGCUCCUCGCGUCUCAAUCUUCGGUGGUAAGGCAGCUCCUGGAUACUGGAUGGCCAAGACCGUCAUCCAUCUCGUCAACCAGGUUGGCAAGGUCGUCAACAGCGACAAGGACGUUGGUGAUCUGCUCAAGGUCAUCUAUCUUGAGGACUACAAUGUCAGCAAGGCCGAGAUCAUCUGCCCGGCUUCCGACAUCAGCGAGCAUAUCUCCACUGCUGGUACUGAGGCCAGUGGUACCAGCAACAUGAAGUUCGUCAUCAACGGUGGUUUGAUCAUCGGCACCUGCGAUGGUGCUAAUAUCGAAAUCACCCGUGAAAUCGGCGAAAACAACAUCUUCCUCUUCGGCAACCUAGCAGAAGACGUCGAGGAGCUCCGUCACUCACACAUGUACGGCACCUACACGCUUGACCCGUCCCUCGCCGCGGUCUUCGACUCUAUCCAAUCGGGCACUUUCGGCGACGCGGGCGCGUUCACUUCGCUUGUCAACGGCAUCGUCGACCAUGGCGAUUACUAUCUCGUUUCUGACGACUUCGCGAGCUACUGCAAGACGCAGGAUCUGAUUGAUGAGGCCUACCGCAACCAGGAUGAGUGGCUUACAAAGGCUAUCACAUCGGUGGCGCGCAUGGGCUUCUUCAGCAGUGAUAGGUGUAUCGACGAGUAUGCGGAGAUGAUCUGGAACACGGAGCCUUUGGUGCCCUCAAAAGACGAGUAAAGUAGAUAGUUUUCUAUUGCAAGUUAACGAGGUGGUCGAGCUUGAUGCUUCUGAUGAGACGAACUUGGCCUGGCAUAGAACUAGCCGUUUCUCUUCACUGUUUCUAAUUUGACAUGACUCUCUUCUUCCUCUUCGCUGAUCUGAUGUUUUCCCUAUAGAAACGUCGUAGAUAGUUGAUUGAAGCGGGCUCAAUUCAUGCUCAUCUAGUCUUUCAUAAAAGCGUGCUUUUCCGAUAGCAAAUGUGCGUGCAGGGGCAUUCGUUGCCAAUUGAAGGGAAAGAAUAGGAUUCCUUGAAAACAAACU